AAAAAAAAAAAAAAAAAAGGUGAGCGUCGCAGUAAAGACCGCAGUUUAUAUUUCUUUUGUGUGUGUGUGUUUAAAGAAGAUAGAUAAACAGUGUUUCGAUCUUCUGGUCUCAUCGAGAUAUUAAAAAAAUCCAGAAAACAAAUCCUGAAUUAUUAUUUUGUGGAGUUUGAAUCUCUCUAUCUUUCGAGAGAAACAACUUUUUUUUUUUUUUUUCCUCACCAUUUUACCUAAUAAUUCAUCCAAGUUUCUUCUGUCUUUGGUUUCAUCAAGUUUCACUCUUGGUGAUUCUGGAAGCUAAGUCGCUGAGUUUAAGUUGCAGAUCUUGAGGUUAAGAGAGAGAGGAUUAGUGUUGUGUAAUGGAGGAAGUAAAGGGACAAAGAGGGAGUGGAACCACAGAGGCAGAUUUUGUGUUGCAAUGGGGAGAAAGAAAAAGAGUUAGAUGUAUGAAAGUUAAGAAAGAUCAAAGCCUUACAAAUGGCAAAUCAACUGAUUGCUUGACUAAACGUAAACUCAUUUCGCGUGCUGUCUCUUCUGAGAGAGGCUCGCCUUCUCGACAUCUUAACCGUCCUAACAAGAUCACAGAUUCUCUAGUCAAUGUACGGAGAUCGUUUGUGGCGUCGCCUGAGAAGGAAGAUAGGUAUUACACAACUAGGGGUUCGAUGGGUAUAGAUGAGAGUGGAAAAAUUAUUAAGGAACCUGUGAAAGAAACCAAGAAGCAUGUGUGGCCAAAGUUGUUUAUAACUUUGUCAAAUAAAGAGAAGGAAGAAGAUUUCUUGGCUAUGAAAGGUUGCAAGCUUCCUCAAAGACCUAAGAAACGAGCCAAAUUGGUUCAGAAGACAUUGCUUCUGGUGAGUCCAGGAGCUUGGUUAUCAGAUCUGUGCAAAGAGAGAUAUGAAGUAAGAGAGAAGAAGACUUCAAAGAAGAGACCAAGAGGAUUGAAGGCAAUGGGGAGCAUGGAAAGCGACUCGGAGUGAAGAACCAUCGAAGAAAAAGAACUUAAAAGAAAUAUUCAAGAUUUUGGUGAGGGGCAGAAAGGAUGUAUUUCGCUUUUUCAUUACAUUUUGAGAUGCCUCUCUUCAUUUCUACAGGUUAAAAAUGAGGCACUUGUAUUUUUGAUGAUGUUUUGCUUUCAAAGCUAAUCUAUCUUCUUAAUCUGUCUCUUUUCUCACAUUUUGCUUGUUUUACUUGUUGAUCUGCACA